GUUUCCGUCUCUCUUGAAAUCCGCCUGCCUCAUUCUGCGUUAUCUCAUACGCCCUCUCUCUCUCUCUCUCUCUCUCUCUCUCUCUCUCUCUCUCUCUCUCUCUUUCUAUUCUCGAACAUAGAUUCGAGGGUUUUUACAGAAAUUAAUCGUUUCCGGUGGUGAGGGGAUUGGGGAAACAUGGCCUCUAAUCCCGCUAAUCUAUGGGUGCUACUUGGGCUUGGUCUCGCCGGGAUUCUUUUAAUGACGAGAAAGUUGAAGAAAACGAUAAGGGAAGAUUUCGGCGCUUUUGUUGAGAAGCUUCAGCUUCUCCCUCCGCCACAGCCCGCUCCUCCGAAAGCUCCUCAUCCCCUCACUGGCCUCACCUUUGCUGUCUCUGACGUAUUUGACAUUGAAGGAUAUGUGACUGGAUUUGGUCAUCCAGAUUGGGCGAGGACACAUGAGGCAGCUUCUCAGACAUCUUCUGUUGUUUCAGCUCUUGUUGAAGGAGGUGCCACUUGCAUCGGGAAAACAGUUGUUGAUGAACUGGCUUAUAGUAUCAAUGGAGAAAAUAAGCAUUAUGGCACACCAACCAAUCCUGCAGCACCUGCAUAUGUGCCUGGUGGAUCUUCCAGUGGAGCCGCUGUUGCUGUAGCUGCUGAUCUUGUGGACUUCUCUUUAGGUGUUGAUACUGUCGGUGGUGUUAGAGUACCUGCUGGAUUUUGUGGCAUUAUAGGAUUCCGACCUUCAUAUGGAACCAUCCCUCACUUAGGAAUUUUACCUGUCUCGGCUAGUCUGGACUCUGUUGGAUGGUUUGCCAAGGAUCCAAAUGUUAUGCGUCUUGUUGGACAUGUGCUCUUGCAACUGCCUUUUGGAGUUCAGCGAAAUCCAAGGCAAAUUAUAAUAGUUGAUGAUUGUUUUCAACUACUAAAGUUCCCUGUUGACAGGGUUAUUCAGGUGGUGAUUAAAUCCACCGAGAAGCUUUUUGGAAGACAAGUAUUGAAGCAUGAAACACUUGAGGGUAUUCUCGUUUCUAAAGUUCCGAGCUUAAAACAGUUCCAUGACAAAAAAACAAAUGGUGAACUCAGAACUUCUUCAAUAACAUUGCUUGGAAAUAUUUUGCAGACUCUACAUAGAUAUGAGUUCAGAUAUAAUCACAAGGAAUGGAUUAAUGUGGAAAAGCCUAAUCUGGAUAACUCUGUGGAACUAAAUGAAAUCCUAGAGAUAACAGAGGCAGAGAUAGGAAUUUUCAAAUCCAUAAGAAAUGAAAUGCGUGCAGCCAUUGACUCACUUCUGAAGGAUGAUGGAAUUCUGGCUAUCCCUACGACUGCUUGUCUUCCUCCAAAGCUUGGUGCAAAAGAGAUGUUAUCAGAGGACUACCAGAUUCAUUCAUUUAGUCUGUUAAGUAUUGCAAGCCUAUCAGGGUGCUGUCAGGUGACCAUUCCGCUGGGACAUAUCGAUAAGUGUCCAGUUUCGGUGUCUUUCAUAGCCAGGCAUGGGGGUGAUCGCUUUUUGCUGGAUACUGUACAGAACAUGUAUGCAUCUCUUCAAGAGCAGGUUGAUAUGCUUGCCAAGUCCAAAUUAUCUCCUAAUUCUGACAGUCAGGAAAGAACUGCUGAGAUGGCUAAAGAAAAGGGAAACCAAGCAUUCAAAGAUAAGCAGUGGCAGAAGGCUAUUGGCUAUUAUACUGAAGCUAUCAAACUCAAUGGCAAGAAUGCAACAUAUUAUAGUAACAGAGCUGCAGCAUAUCUUGAACUGGGGAGUUUCCUUCAAGCUGAGGCUGAUUGUACUGAAGCUAUCAAAUUUGAUAAGAAGAAUGUGAAGGCCUAUUUACGCAGGGGCACAGCAAGAGAGAUGCUUGGUUACUAUAAGGAGGCAAUUGAAGAUUUUAAAUAUGCCCUGGUGCUUGAGCCAACUAAUAAAAGAGCCGCCCUUUGUGCUGAAAGAUUACGGAAGGUGUUCCUGUAGGAGCUCGAAGAAUGUGCCUGUCUUGGAAUGGCGAAGUCUGCAAUUUUCCAUUUUUUUCGCUGCAUCAGAUGCUAUUCAACAGUUUUCGUAAUUAUCUUUCACACAAAAUUUUCUUGAAGAGUGCUUCACAAGUGGAGAUGGGAGGGUAGUACUUGUUCAUGGAAGGUGUGGAGAUCUGAAGAGUAUUAGUUUAGCAUGACUGGGUAAUUAUCAGUAUCGUUAGAAUUUGUAAGUAUGGUAAAAAUUUUGUUUAAUUUAAUAAUUUUUGUCUGCAGGGUUGUAAUUUUUAGUUUUGAGGUGGUUUUUCUCUACGUGCGAUCUUGUCUUGCUUGUGCAGAUUGUAUUUUCCUUUGAAUUAUUGGUUUAUGUUAAAUGGUUCUAUUUGUUUA